UAGUAUUUUUACUAUCAUUUUAGUCUCUAGUUUAUUUUCGGCAUUAGAAUUUAUUACGUGUUCAGUUUCCAGUUGGCUCGUGAAAUAUUGCAAAUGAGCGUUAUAAAUAAGUCUAUUCAAUACUAUUAAUUGUUUAAUGCGUUGAAUUGCAUUUCCUUUCCUUCUUAAAUACAGGCAAAAUUUAGGACCUCAAUAUCUCAAUAUUUGAACCUUUCAAUUUGUAAUACUAUUUUCUUCAUUGUAUGGGAUAUUGUACUAUCUGGUACUAUCAUUUUAGUUUGACUGAAUUAGAAUAAAUUGAAGUUGAAGUUGGCAACACUGGCGACGUCUUUCGUGGCACACUGACGACAAAGGACGCGGCAUAACGAGGAUUACGAGUUACGUCGCAGAGGAAUUUCAUUUUCUUUUUCGAACUUUCUAAAUUAUGUUCAAUUAUAUUCGACCUACGGAAUCAUUUCACGAGCAAUUACGAUUUUAAGACAUCGUUCUCCAGUCAUCGCCAUAUCGCUUGUAAGGUACCAUCCCAGACUGUAGUAUAGAAUUAAACGAAGCAGUGCUGCGAAGACCUUCGUACAAAAGAGAAUUUAUAUAUUAAAUUUUCAUUAAUCAUGGAGCAGUGUAAUAACUGCAAAGAAAUCAUAGUUACGGAAAAUGAAAUACAUUGUAUUGGACCUUGCGAGAAAGUAUGGCACAAAAAUUGCGUUUCUACCGUAUUUGGUUAUUCAGUGGAUGUCGUCAAUAGUAAGGAAUUUAGAUUAAAAUGUACAUCCUGUACAAUAGAAGUUGUUUCCGAGGAUCGAGGUAAUCCUCCGAAUGAGCUGGGGGAAAAGCUCAUUGCCACAGAUACAGAGUCGAUAUUUGACGAUGUUCUCUCAGAUUCUUCAACCAAUGAGUCUAGAUCAUCGUCCAUGUUGACUGCAGGCGAGUCUUCUGACGAGGAAGACAUUAAAUCUGCAAUCUCUGCCAAUGCUUCUCCAGAACCUGUGUCAACUCCCGUUCCUGCAGAUUCUAAUAAUGCGAGUGAUCAAAUCGAGUCUUUAUCAGUAGCCAAAGAUACACCGUCCAAGGAAUCAAUUUCUUCACCUGGCCUCUCGUUACAAAUUCAAGAUUUGUCAAUAGUUGAUGGCAAGACUGGUACAUCUAAUGGUGAUAAUUCUGUAGUUGAUAAGGAAAUAAACCGGGUAUCCAUCGAUGAAAAUAAACCUGUGGUUACGGUCCAAGAAAAGUUAUCCCCUCGAAAUGAAGCAUCGACCACUGGUGCACAGCUCGAAGCAACUUUGAAGACAGAAAAUGGAACCUCUGUUAGUCUGGACAAAACGUCACAUGCUAUUGAUACUAAAAUUGUAUCUGAAAUAGCGGCUACUGCAGUCAAAGAAGAAAUAAAGGGGAACGAUUCACUCACUUCCUCUCCCUCGGCAAGUAUUAAUGGAACUCCCAAUAAUAUAAACAGUAGUAAUAGCAAUGAAACAAUCCACGAUAAAGGAACUGCUACCGAAAACAUCCCGUUAGUAAAAGAUUUACUUUCAAUGAUUGAGAGUUUGAAAAGUAGUAUGGUCGACAUGAAAGCUAAGUUGGUUGCAAAUACCGAAACCAUACAAAUUUUAAAACAGGAACAAGACUUAUUAAACCACGAAAAUAAAUCUCUAAUAAGAAGACAAAUCGCACACAACAGUUCAAUUCAGAAUUUAACGACUGAAAAUACACUCCUUACGACUAAGCAGGAAGAAUUACGCACCUCGCUUCACAGAUUGAGAGGCAGCGUGUGGAGUAUAAGGAAAAGUUUAAACAAAGUGAUGACUGAAGUCGAAGAGUUAAGCGAAGUUCGUACAAAUGUAAGCGAAGAUAUGGAUAACACUGAUGAUAAGCAGGAAGAAAUAUGGGAUCGACUUAUUCAAAUCGAAUGUGCCAUGUUUGAACAUGAUCUGGUAAUAUCUGGAUUGCCAGAAAAACCAAACGAGAGAUUGGACGAAAUGGUGAUUCUAAUUGCUGCUGUUUACAAUUAUAUAUUAGAGGGCAGUGAUAUUGUUGAAGUGUUUCGUGAAUUCGAAAAGCUCAAUAAUCAACCGCGGAGAAUAAUAGUGAAGUUUGCUUCGAUGAAUACAAAAAAUGAAUUUUUGAAACAAGUGGCUGCAAGAGGAGUUGUCACUGCAAACAUAAUUAAUAAGGAUUUCUCUAUUAAGAGAAAAAUAUCAAUCGAGAAGAGAUGUUCACCUAAUGCAGUGAAAUUACUUGCUCUUGUUAAACAGAAAAUCGAUCACAAUCAACAACGAUCGGCCUGGAUCGAAGAUGGUCGAGUUUUUGUGAGCAGAAAUGGCAUUAAGGAUCCUUUUGAAGUAAUGUUUACUUCUGACUUGGAUGUCUUGGACGAUAUGUGAUGUAGAUCCAACAAAAUGUAUAACCUCUGUUACGAUAUUAAAAUCGUAAUAGAAAUUUCACAUGUUCAUCGUGAUAAGGUUUUCGAGAAAAGUAUUUCAUACAGAUAUUUUAAAAGCAGCUAAGUUCAGACAUUUUCAUUAAUAAGUUCUCGUUGAUUUCUUACCAUACUUAGAAUUAUCUAAGGCAGUUUCUUGAAUGCAUUCGGUUAUAACUUUAUGACUGACGAUAAUUUUAUUUCUGUUUUUAUUGAGUAUAGAAUAAGGAAUACAUUGUUAAAAAUGUUUAUUUGUUUUCCCAACAACGAUUAAAGUUAUGGAAGUAUUUUUGAUACUAUCUUGCAUAUUCUAAAUUGUUAAACAAGUUCCUUGUCAUAAUUUGUUACUAGUUCGUAACUCAUAAGCAAUGGUUGUAACUUGUAACAAGAUGAAGGUUUUUGAACGUUGGAAACUUAGCGACGAGUCUUCCAAUAAUUUUGUUUUAUUAUCGAUAAGAUAUCCAAAAGGCGAAUUUUAUUUAAUUGUUGAUUGAGUUUUCGAAAAUGAGCGUAUUUUGUUUUAAUACAGAUUUCUGGACUAGUAUGCUUCCCUAGAAGCAAAUGUUUCUUUCUGUUGCGCCAUACACCUUUUCUUUCAGUUGUAAACGUAACGUACUAAAAAGAAAUCAUUCGAUGUUAUUUUCACUUUUACGCUCCUUAUAUCUUUAUCGUUCUCGAUGUAUUAAAAGUUGAUCAAUAAAUUUAUUUCUUCAUUUGACUUUCACAAUUUUGAGUGUUCCGCCACGGGCAUGUUUCAAACGGUACAAUUUCUGCAAAUC